GGCCGGGCCGGGCGGCGCGCUGUGGGCGAGCGGCCAUGGCGGCUGCGGCGGCUGAGGCCCAGGCUAGGCUGGCAGCGGGGGCCGUUCUGUUGUGCCGCCGGGUCCGGUGCUGGGUCCUUCGCAGAACUCCAGUCGGGCACCCAGAGUUCUACUAAUAAAUCCAAGCAGUGAGGAGUGCACCCUCUCUUUGCAGAGACUGCUUCUAUUGCUGUGGAGGUUGGUCAGUGUGCAGUACUGCUUUAAGCUGAGCACUUGAGGCCUCUGGAAUCAGCACCUGCUGUGUUAGCUAGUGUAGAAUGUAAGCAAAUGCUUGUAAUUAAAAGUACAUUAGGCAGAAGGUUAUUCAAAGCUAAUGUGAAGAUGUAGUGGAACCUUAAGAGCCAAGAUUGAGGACAAUCUCUAGAAGGCUACAGUGCUUUGAGUUCAUGCAAAGCGGAAGAGGAAAGUGGAAAACUGAGAUUCUCAUGUAUUUUGAAGUCUCAUUUGGAUUCGAUGUCCUGAAACAGAAACCUCAAAAGUGAUGUGAGCCGAUUCAGAGGCAGUCAUUCUGUACUGUGUAGUCCUGGGCCACUGGAGGAAAAGAAGGAAAUGGCUUUGGGCACAGUCCCCCUACUUGUAGCAGAAGUUCAAGAGGUGGUCAUCUCUGCAGACCAAUCAAACCAAAUGGGUCCAGUCACUGGAAUGACUCCGGAUAAGAAAGCUAAAACUCCAGGAGCAGAAAAAGCUGCAGGUCUAAGACAGUCACACAGGAUGGGAAGCCUGCCUGAUGCAGGAGAUGCUGGGAGGCCUAAGGCCACUGUAGUGGACAGUGAUUCAGCAGACGAUGAGCUCACAAACUUGAACUGGCUGCAUGAAAGUACUAAUCUUCUAACAAACUUCAGCCUUGGAAGUGAGGGUCUUCCAAUUGUUAGCCCUUUAUAUGACAUUGAGGGUGACAGCGUGCCAUCCUUCUCACCCUCCUGCUACCAGAAUCCAGAAAAAAAAUCUUCUACUUCCAAGCCUCCUUAUUCUUUCAGCCUCCUCAUCUAUAUGGCUAUUGAGCAUUCUCCCAACAAGAGCCUCCCAGUCAAAGAAAUCUACAGCUGGAUCCUGGAACGCUUCCCCUAUUUCGCCACAGCACCAACAGGAUGGAAGAACUCUGUGCGACACAACCUCUCCUUGAAUAAAUGUUUCCGGAAGGUGGAGCGAAGCCAUGGCAAGGUGAAUGGAAAAGGUUCCUUGUGGUGUGUCGAUCCAGAAUAUAAGCCUAAUCUCGUUCAAGCACUGAAAAAGCAGCCAUUUCCUUCAGCACUUGCAUUCUACACUCCACCGGCAUCACCACCAAGUAGGUCAUCUUCUCCUCACUACUUAUCUUCAGUACUUAAACAGAAUAAUGGCCGAUCUCUCAAAGAAUCUGAUAUUGAUGCUGCUACUGCGAUGAUGCUGUUGAAUACUUCAAUUGAACAAGGGAUGCUAGACUGUGAGAAACCUCAGUCUCUGAAGACACCUAAGAAGAGGAGUUACGGCAGUGCGUUUAAUCCUUCCAGUUCCAUAAACUUGCAAGAAAAUGAUUCUGCAGCCACCAAUAUUGAUCCGAAGGAGGAUCAUAAUUACAGUGCUAGCAGUUUGGGCUCGCAGCGUUGUGCAUCUAGGUCCAGUGUGUCUUCCUUGUCCUCUGUCGAUGAGGUGUAUGAAUUUAUCUCCAAGAACAGCCAUGCUGGAAGUGAUGGCAGUGAAGGAUUUCACAGUGAAGUGGAUACAGACGUUGACUAUGAAGACGAUCCUCUUGGAGACAGUGGCUAUGCAUCACAACCUUGUGUAGAUACCUCUGAGAAAAGUCAGCCUAGCAACAAAGCGCUGAAGGAGUUGUGUCAAGAAAUUGAUGAGGAGCUGAAAGAAGCAGCGGGGUCCCUGCUCCACCUUGCUGGCAUCCAAACGUGCUUGGGUUCCUUAAUAAGUACUGCAAAGACCCACAGUCACAAGCAAAGGAAAAAAUAGUAUGUUUGUCAAUGUUGAAUAUAUACAUAUAUUUUUUUUAAUUGUGGCAAUACUCUUCUACUUUUACCCUUCACAAGGGAGAUCAAAGCCAUAAGAGGACUCAUUGCUUUUUUAUUUUUGGCACUAACUGUAAUUUAGCCAUUUAUUUUUAAAUCACUGCCUAAAAAGGAAAAAAAAAAAAAAAAUCAGAUUAGAAGAGAUGCAUGACUUGUGAAAACCUGAAAGCAUACUUCUUAAUGAUCACUUUUUUUCCUUCUUUUUUUCCUUUUUUUUUUUAAUAGUUUUUUUGAUUUUUUUCCAGAGUUAUUUGCUCAGAUGCAUGUUAUGGGUCAUGUUGACAUCUCUGCUGGCCUCAUCUGCAGAUGUGAAUUUUGCCCUGUCUAAGGGCUCUGACUUCCAUGUAAAGAUUUAGAAAGGAGGAGAAAAAAGAAAAGGAAAGAAAGAAGGAAAAAAAGAAAUGUUCUGGCCUGAAUUACCUCCUCCCAUGUGCUCCUCUCUGCUCUUCUAACUGCUCUUCAGUGGAAAUGCUGCAGAGGUAGCUCCCAGUGGCUGCAGUUUUCAGCCCAUCCAGUACGGCGUCUGACAAUUGCACCACUGCAGGAGGUGCUCUCAGCAAGCUGUAGGUAGGGGUAGAGGGAAGGAGUACAGCCCUCCCAGGCAGAGAGGACAAGGGGCAGCUGAGAUGGGUGCCACCCUCUGCUUUAUUUUUCUUUCCUGCUUGUACCCUCACUGCCAGCCUGCUGUCUGCAGGUCAGGUUCCUGAACCUGUUGGUUGUUUUGUUGUUGUUGUUUUUUCCAUCUUAAGACAUAAUGUCCUGGGGGGCAGAGGCUAGGGAUCAUUUUGUUACAGAUGUGCACACAUCUUGGGUGUAGCCUACAGUGAAAGCUGCUUUCCAAGCUUGAUGUCCUCUUAUCACUGCCACUGUUGAACAUGUAGUAGAAUCGUACAACUGUGGAAUAUCUUGAGGUGGAAGGGAAAAAUAGGGAUCACUGAGUCCAACUCCAGGCUCCACGUACCACCACCCGAUAAUCAGACCACGUGUCUGAGAGCAUGAGCAGAAGUUCUGCUGCUGUCCCACUGCCACAUCUGCUGCCUUGCUCCCCAGUGGAAGAGAUGGACUCAGAAUAAAGAACAGCAGCUCGUGCUGUUAAAUUGGAAGUAAGGUAGAGGUUUUAGGUGGUUCGGUCAUGAAUGACCGCUGACAAGAGAAAUUUCACCCCCAACCUGAAACAAAGCCAAAUAGCUUCCUUUUGAAUUACUGAACACAGAAAAGCAAUUUGUGUUUUUUGGCUGUCCGUACUCUGUUUCCCAGAUCAGCGUGCCUUCUGUUCUGUGAAUCCUUUAGACCUGCCACAUACAGUGCAUCUAACAAGCAAGGCGAGCCUUUGCCCCUUGGAUGUCUGUAGUAGCUCUCUGUUUUGGGAAGGAAUUCCUUCACAAUUCAUUUUUGCAAUAAAAGAAUCUGUAGAGUUCCCACACAUCAUUUGGCCAAAAAAAAAAAAUUAAUAAAAAUUAGUAUUACGGUGAAUUUCUUCCUCUUUAAUUUAUAUAAGUGAUGGUUUCUGAUCUUUUAUUGAUUUGUUGUUUUAUUUUUUAAAGAAGAAAGGUUUUCUGCCCAAAAAUGGGUACUCAGUGCUGUUAGAGUGGGUUUUAACUGUGCUGUAACAAUAAGGAUGCCUUAUGUAUGUUUCAGAAUCUUAGACAGUAUAAGCGGUCAUCUUUCGUGUUUCUGAAGGGCAGUGUGAUGUGCCAUAAAGUUUUCAGCUGACACGUUGUUGUUUCCAGCAGUUCUUGGGCAAAGCUGAGUAAGAAUUAGAAGUAGGAAACCAGCAUCCACUGUUUCGGUGGUUGAAAACGGUGCUGGGUUCAGCCAAAAGGUAACCAUCCUUAGUGGAAUGAAUGCUUUUCUGGCUCUUUGGAGGCCUUUUAGAGAUCAGUGUUUUUUCUUAUUUGUCAACCUUUUCAUGAGUACUGCCAUAAACGUCUCUACUUUAAAUAUGAAUACAGCCAUGCUGCUGAGGGUCUGUUGCUCUAAGGGCCUGGUUCAGUGCCUCUUAAAGACAAUAGUGGUGCUCCCACUGAUUUCAUGGCUGUAGGAUCAAGCCUGAAAUAUCUGAGGUUCUUUUGUAGCAUGUUUUGGAAUUCAAAGCCAAUUUUCUUUUUAAAGCACAAACACUAGAAAAUGUCUUUUUUUUUUUUUUUUUUUUCCCCAAUCACUUCUGUUUUAAGAAUGAAUUGUUUUAUUUCUUGAAAGGGAAGAACUCUGCUGCAUUCCUACUUCGUGUUAACACCCAUUAGUCUACACCUGUAACAGGACAACGUUUGUACAGAUGCGUAUGUCUUCUGGAUAUCACAAGUGGUGCAUUAGGCAAUUAGAUCUGAUAUUGGAUGUUACUAAUGAAUAGCGGGGAGAAAUUGGCUAUUUGAAAGAAAGUUACAGAUAAAUGCAGUGGUUCUUAGGAUUUUUGGAAGUGCAGAUGUGAAUGCUCAGCGGAAUUACUUUUUGCUCAUAGUUUGCUUUGGCGUUUUGACUGAAUACUGCAAAGGGCAGAGUCUGCAUCAAUGCAGAAAGUGAGGAUUCACCUACAGAGAGAUGCUGUUAGCAGUCAGGAGUUUUGCUCGGUGCCGUGACGUCAGUGGGGUGCUGCUGAAGAAGGGUGCCAUACGGCUCAUGCUGGAGUUGGUUGCAACUCUUCUCUGGCUUCCAAGGACAGCCAGAUCAAUGUCUGGUCACUUGGGAAAACGUGCCAAUAUCAGCUCCAUGGCUGGUUUUGAUUCUGAGCUUCUUUUGGCCUUGGAUAAAACCUGAGGGGGUUAAUACUUAACUAGGAGCAUGGCUGUGCCAUGGCUCACCCUGAAGCAGGUGAUGGUGUGGGACUGGGAAGCUACCAGUGCAUUUAAUGACCACAUGCAACAAGCAAUAAACCUGUGCUGGUGAGCAGCUAACAGUGAAAGCUGCAUCCAUCCUCACAGCUUUCAGCAGGAGAGAACUGAAGGUCAGAAUAGUUGCGGUUCCUUUCGCUUCCAUAGCUAGAAUGGAGUUUGGGUUUGUUUGCCACCUGAGUUAAAGACCCUGGUGUAUAUAGUAUAAAUGGAGUAUAAUUAAAAGUUAUUUUGACUGUUGGUGGGUUGGUUUUCUUUAGUGACAUAUGUAAAAUGUUCAUGCCAAUGGUUGACUCAAAUAUACUUUAACAGCAGUUAAAAGGCAACAGAAGUAUUAAUGAACCACCUUCAUUCCUUUAAACACAGUGGAGAAGUGCACAGGACUGGUGUGGAAGGGAGGCUGCUCUGCUUUUGGGUAAAUUGUGAUGUGGAUGCUGUACAAACCUGUGCUGGUCUUUCAGACCCAGAUACUAAAUUAUUGCUUUUGUGAAACUUGCCUCAAAUGUUUCAAAAUCCAAUUUUAAAAUGGAGGUUGCCUAGUUUGCAGCUUCUCAUUAGGCUGAAAAGGAAAAGCUUUGGUUAAAGCAAACUACGCUCACACGUGUUGAUAACGGUGUAGUCAAAAUAUUUAUUGGAAGGAAGACAUAGAAUAUUUUAAAUGUUGCACCUGCCAUUCUAUCUAAAAGCACAUUCUUCACAACUAACUGCCAGUGCCAUUACCAAGUCUGUUUUAUAAGUGUACAUUUCUUCAAACUAAAAAGUGCAUAAUUAAAAGUAUUAUGUUGCUGCCAUAUAGUGAUAUAAAACAUUUUAUAAUUGCCAAUUCAUUGUAACUAUUAUUUAUUUAAAAGUGAAUUGUAAGAAUGCUUUCUGAUCAAAUGAACCAGAGUUGUUUUUAAAAUGUUCCCUCUUGCUUGUUUCUGAUGUAGCAUAAGCAGCGUCCUUGGGUUUGGUUAGGAUAAUUUUGCCUGUAGGUGACCAAUUCUAACCCUCUUUCCUCCACUUUAGUCCUUUACCCGUUUUAAAGAAUAUUUACAGAAGUUUAGUUUUUUGUAUGCUAAUCUCUGUUAAUUAAAAUGUUUAUAAAGUUUAUUUUUACCAAAGAGAUGCAAUUCAUUAUGACAAAAUAUUGCAGAAUAAACUUUGUUUUAUAACAUUUGUGACUUUUCUGCCCACAUUUUUCAUUCAGAUGAUCAAAGGGGCUUUUAUAAAAUAAAUGGCAUUGCAAAACAAA